CUUUUCUCUCUUUCGGCUCCGGCAGCUCCCGUUGUGUCCCGGUAGCGAUGGCGCGCACGAAGCAGACGGCGCGGAAGUCGACGGGCGGCAAGGCGCCCCGCAAGCAGCUGGCCACCAAGGCUGCCCGCAAGAGCGCGCCGGCCACGGGCGGCGUCAAGAAGCCGCACCGCUACCGGCCCGGCACGGUGGCGCUGCGCGAGAUCCGCCGCUACCAGAAGUCCACGGAGCUGCUGAUCCGCAAGCUGCCCUUCCAGCGCCUCGUGCGCGAGAUCGCGCAGGACUUCAAGACCGACCUGCGCUUCCAGAGCUCGGCCGUCAUGGCGCUGCAGGAGGCCAGCGAGGCCUACCUGGUGGGGCUCUUCGAGGACACCAACCUGUGCGCCAUCCACGCCAAGCGCGUCACCAUCAUGCCCAAGGACAUCCAGCUGGCCCGCCGCAUCCGCGGAGAGCGCGCCUGAGCUCCCUGCCCCGGGUGCGCUCGAUGUGGUCCUGAAUUAUUCCUCCCACACCCUAAAGGCUCUUUUAAGAGCCAC